AUGGGGGCCGGAGAGCCCGAUCUGGGUGAGAAAAUGUUUGUCUGUGCUCUAUGCGCUAAAGAAUAUAAAAGCAAGUCUGGCUUAAUUAAGAACGAGAAGAGGCAUGCGGGCGUUGGCAAGCAUAAAUGUCUUCAAUGUGGUAUGCUUGCCUUCUCCAGAAAAGACUUCGAGACGCACAUAGCGAGGCACAGCAAUGACAGACUAUAUGUAUGCACCAAAUGUGGCAAGACAUUUAAAACGCAAAAAGACAUGCAAGAUCACUCAAGGCUAGAGGACUCUGAUGGGAAAUAUGAGUGUGACACCUGCGGGUCAAAGUACAAGAAGAAAUCGGACCUAACGGAGCAUGUGAGAAAACAUAGUGGAGAGAAACCUGAAAGAUGCAUCGAAUGUGGGAAGUGUUUCCGGUUCAAGAACAAUCUCCGUAGACAUUUAAAGACACAUGCAAAAGGACCGCAGGCUGGUACAAGUGGCAUGUAA